ACACGCACGUAUCACUUCUACAAUAACAGAAACCGCAUACGCAUCCACCCCUUGUAACCACUCCCUCAUUAAAUGGCGCCAACCAUCGCGAUUCCCUCGCCGCAGAAGAAAGGCGAGGCAGCGCUGAGGCGGCGGAACGAGGAGCUGGAGCGGGAGCUCAGGGAGAGCCGCGAGAGGGAGGAGAGAAUGAGGGCGGAGCUGGCGCGGGCGAUGGAGCGGCUGAGGGUGGCGGAGGAGGCGGAGGAGCGCCUCUGCUCGGAGCUCGGCGACCUCGAGGCGGAGGCGGUGGGCCAGGCCCGAGAAUACGGGGCACGGAUCGUGGAGCUGCUGGAGCAGCUUUCCGGAGCCAAGGAAAUGCUUGAGAGGACGUCGUCGUUUUCGAGCGUCUUUUCUCAAUGACGAUUCCUAGUUUUUUUUUUUUUUUUUUUUUUUUUUUUUUUUUUUUUUUUUGAGUAAGAAACAUUCUUGUAUUGAGCUAUAAAAAUGUUGAGCUACUUGAAUUUAUCGAUUCGUAGACGUUUUUUCGAAUG